AUGGCAAAAACCGUGCUCGCUGUGAACGCCGGAUCUUCGUCCGUGAAGAUCACUUUUUAUACCUUCGAGAACCCACCCAAAGCUAUCGCCGAUGCGCAGAUCUCUGGUAUCACGGCGCCCCCGCCCGCUCUCAAAUACCAGCGCACUGGCUCUACCACGCACAAGGAGAAGCUGCAGGAGAAGCUGAGCACGCCUCAAGAUGCCUUCAAAUACCUACUGAAGCGCUGCUUCCAUGAUCCCGAGCUAUCCGAGGUCGCUAGUGAGAGCGAUCUGGCGUACAUCUGCCACCGGGUCGUUCACGGCGGCGAUUACCAAGAUUCGGUAGAGAUCAACGACGAUACCAUGCACCAUCUGGAGGCAUUGGAAGACCUGGCGCCGCUUCACAACUUCUCAGCCCUGGAAAUCAUCCGCCUCUGUCGCGAAGAGCUCCCCAGCGUGCCCAGCGUUACCUUCUUCGACUCCGCCUUCCACCACACAUUGCCAGAUUAUGUGCGAACAUACCCCAUCGACCAGAAAGUCGCCAAAGCAAACGGACUACGUAAAUAUGGGUUCCACGGAAUCAGCUACUCGUUUGUACUCCGCUCCGUCGCAGACUUCCUACAGAAGCCCAAGGAGAAAACCAAUUUGAUCGUGAUGCACAUCGGAAGCGGGGCCUCCAUAUGUGCGAUCAAAGAGGGGAAAUCGAUCGACACCUCAAUGGGUCUUACUCCCCUCGCAGGAUUGCCGGGCGCGACCCGUAGCGGCGAUAUCGAUCCCUCUUUGGUCUUCCAUUAUACCAGCGAUGCGGGGAAGUUAAGCCCCACUUCUACAAAGGAGAUGCAUAUCAGCACGGCCGAAGAGAUUCUGAACAAGAAAUCGGGUUGGAAGGCACUGACCGGAACUACUGAUUUUGCGGAAAUCGCAGUAGAGAGCCCUCCUUCCGAGGCGCACAAGCUUGCUUUCGAUAUCUUCGUCGAUCGCAUUCUGGGGUACAUUGGAAAUUACUACGUCAAGCUUGGCGGGGAGGUCGACGCGCUCGUUUUCGCCGGUGGUAUCGGGGAAAAGAGUGCACUGUUACGCCGCACACUCUCCGAGAAAUGCAAGAGUCUGGGCGUCGCAAUCAACUCGGAAGCCAACGACAAGGGGCCGGAAGAUGAGGAGGUCGUGAAGGAUAUCUCCAAGGGCGCCGGCAAGGGGCCCCGGGUGCUGAUCUGCCAGACGAAUGAACAGUUCGAGAUGGCAUACCACUGCAUUCGCAAGCAGUCUUGA